AUAGAUUCAGAGGACCUCUUUGCACUUUGCAGUGGCAACCAUUACCAUAACUUGCUAAAAUCAAUCCCAUUCUUCCACCAACACCACUAUCAUUUUUGCAUGCCGAAAAAAAAAACAAGAUAUGGAAGCUACUAGAAAUCCAUUCCAUAUUAGUCACACACAGUUUGACUUGAAAAUGCCUAUAUAAACCCUGCAAACCCCCCAAGUUAUAUCAUUCACCAAGUAAAAUCAGCCUCAAAAUUGAGUAUUAUUCAUUCCCUUUGUAUAUCAACUCUUAACUUUUCAAAUCGUUUUUUUGUUUUUUUUUCAUAUUCUCUGCUGCAUUAGCAAUUCCAAAUGGCUGAUCACAAGGUGAUACCUUUCGCAUUGUUGAUUCUGAUCUUUGUGGAUCUUGCUUUAGCUGCAAGAACCGGGAAGGUCGGACUUGGCAAUGGAGGUGGUGGAGGCGGGGGUGGCGGAGGCGGUGGAGGAGGUGGUGGAUCAGGGGUUGGUUCGGGUUCCGGGUAUGGGUCUGGAUAUGGUUCGGGGAGUGGGUCUGGGUAUGGCGGUGGUAAUUAUGGGGAGGAUGAGGGGUACUACAAUGGUGGAGGUGGAGGAGGUGGUGGCGGCGGAGGAGGAGGUGGUGGUGGUGGAGGGUCUUCAGGGAAUUACGGGUCGGGUUCAGGAUAUGGAUCUGGUUCGGGCUCAGGGUAUGGAUCCGGGGGUGGAGGUGGUGGUGGUGGUCACGGUGGCGGUGGAGGUGGAGGUUCUGGAGGAGGUAACGGCGCAGGAAGUGGUUCGGGUUACGGAAGUGGCAGUGGCUCAGGAUAUGGAAGCGGCGGCGGGAGAGGAGGAGGCGGCGGCGGUGGUGGUGGAGGCGGAGGCGGCGGUGGUGGAGGGAAUGGGUCUGGAUAUGGCUCGGGGAGUGGUUCCGGUUACGGGUCAGGCUACGGAUUAGGAGCCGGUGGCAAUUACGGAGGUGGUAUUCCGUAAAGCAACUCCGGCACCAGCUAGCACACUCUGAUCAAUCAUAUAUAUAGUCCAAGUUUUUUUGUUUGGAAAUUUGUCACGCCCAACAAUAAAAUCCAUGCAGGAUUUACGUAACGUCUGAUUUAUACUUGUAUCCUAUGCUAGCUACAUUUCUUAAUUAAUCCAUUUCAUAAUGAAAAUAAAGUGGUCAUUUUUAACAA